CAACCCCCGCCACCAUGUCACUCCAAGCUCCCACAGCCGACUCGCAAGCGCCCUCUUCCGAUAUUCAGGUCCCUGCAAAGCGACAGCGCACGGACACGGAGGGUACAGAUGCGCUAUCAACGCCUGCGCGCUGCCAGCGAUUUUGGUUCGAGGAUGGAUCCGUCGUGCUCUAUGUCGGAUCUACCCCGGGCGCGAUGAUCUUCCGCGUGCACAAGACGAUGCUGGCAAACAACUCGGAGAUAUUUAAGGAUAUGUUCAGCAUCCCCCAGCCCCCGGGUCAGGAGCAGAUCGAUGACUGUCCAGUGAUACGGCUUCCCGACGAUCCCCCACGGAUAUGGAUGGAACUACUCGCUGCGCUCUACGACAUCCUGUUCUUCGACAAGACUAUGUCCCUUCUGGGCCCCGCCUGCAUCUCCCGGCUGGGGAACGUGGCGACGCUCUCUACUAAGUACCGCUUCGUCAGCCUGCGCCGCAAGUGCAUCUCUUCCCUAUCUAGCUUUGGCUGCGUCACGUCGACCUUGACUACGAGGGCCCGGCCACUCCCCUUCAUUGAAGCCACCCUCCUGCUGAUGGCCGCCCGCAACGCAAACAUCCCGACGCUCCUCCCCUUUGCAUUCCUGUCCGUCGCCUACCAGGAUAACGGGCAGCUGAACAUGAUCCUCGAUUGUCCCGGUCUCCCGGUGGCAGACAAAGCCGUCGCGCUGAACGGGCUCCAGAACCUCCUCGAGCUCCAGCGCACCCUCAUGUUCCCCUUCGUCGACAACUUCAAGAACGCAAAGUUGUGCGACGCGGACUGCGAGCUCGACGUCGUCGAGUGCUUCCCCAUGCUCUUCCUCCGGCCGCAUGCGUUGCAAUUCCACCACGGGCUCGAUGGGAGGCCGCUGUUCGAGGAGGCGAAGGGCGCGCUCUGUGCGCAUUGUUACAAGGAUGUGUGCAAUAUGUACUACUCUGGGCGUCAGAAGGUCUGGGAGAUGUUCCCCUCGAUCUUCCGGGUGGGUAACAAUUGGGACGAGCUGUUGCGCGUUCAGAACUAUGACGCAGAGACCCCCUUGUAGCAUAGCAGUGAAGGGCCUAGACGUGCUCAGUGAAGUGUUCAUGUUUGCGACGGCCAUCUAUCCUGCCGUUCCCCUACUGAUCUACCGUACAUGCUGUUGUUGUUGUCACAUUCGCCCAGUGUACUGCCCCCUUAUCCUAGUCCCUUGUGAUUCUCUCGCAUACAUAUUUGAGUAACGAACAGCAGCAAAGAUGUGUCCUACGGCCUACAUC